UGUGGGAAAAAAUACCGAGGCUCCUAUUGGAUAAACGAAUAGCAAAACAACGCUAUAUCUUGAGUGAAUGCUAUGGUGUGUUAAUAAAUGUUCCUAGUAGUGUUGUGUACUUUAAUUACGAUGAAAAUCUAAGCAAAUCUAUUUGGAAUUAAAGACUUGUAAAGCUAGAAAUCAAAAUGGCCGACGAGCCUGACAGGAAUCAAUUUUAAUUUUGAAAAGGGUCACAUUCCAUUACCUGCCUUUGUGUUUUCAACUUCGCCUAACCGUAAACCAGCCAAAAGCUUGGAGUGAAACACGACACGUUUAAUUCGUGCUGUAAUUGAGGCUGCAAGUAUUAUGUCAUCGGCUGGAUCCAGCGGCUCGGGACGCGGCAGAGGCAGCCACGUUCAAGGUGAACAAAAAGAGACUAAAGAAAGCAAACCGAAUCCGAAGAUGUCGAAGGCGCUGGGUACAUCGGCCAAGCGAAUCCAAAAGGAACUGGCCGAGAUCACCCUCGAUCCGCCGCCAAACUGUAGCGCCGGACCAAAGGGCGAGAACUUCUAUGAAUGGGUUUCCACAAUUUUGGGACCACCAGGUUCUGUCUAUGAAGGAGGCGUCUUCUUCUUGGACAUCCACUUCUCUCCUGAAUACCCAUUCAAACCACCCAAGGUCACAUUCAGAACGCGUAUCUACCAUUGUAACAUCAACAGUCAAGGUGUGAUUUGCCUCGACAUCCUUAAAGACAACUGGUCGCCCGCCCUCACCAUCUCAAAAGUUUUGCUUUCGAUCUGCUCCCUACUCACAGAUUGCAAUCCAGCCGAUCCGCUAGUUGGCAGUAUAGCAACGCAAUACCUGCAGAACAGAGAAGAACACGACCGCAUCGCCAGAUUGUGGACUAAGCGUUACGCAACGUGAUUUGCUAAAACGACGCGGGCAGCUUCCAACGAUGUCAGUACACUUUGCCAAUGUGGCACAAAAAUAUUAUGGUAUAAUUCGUCUACUAUCCAUUUCAUCGUCAAAUCAUCGUUAAAAAAUCAAUUACUCUCCAUUACUUGGUUGUCUUGAAUGUCCAUUUGCAACAAUUUGUAUCACAUGUUAAGUUAUUUGUAGAACAUUUACUGUUAUACUCUCUUAUUCAAAUGAAAAUAAUCGGAAUAAACUUUUUAGUGAAUAUUAGUUUUAAAUACGUUAAAUUAUUUUUCAUCUCAGUGGCCAAAUCACUAUUUAACUCGUCUUGGUUUGAAUCCAUUAUAGUAUAAAUGUACCAUGUAGAUAAUACUACGUUUUUAAGUUCCUCUUUUUAAUUGAUUUUGGACAAUAAGUGAUUUAUGUCUACAAAUUUCAAACUAAUCUUGUUCUUCAUAUCAAUCGCAAGAUUUAAUUUUGAAUGUCUAUCUUAUGAAUGUAAUAUUUCUCCUGCAGCAGAUAGGUUCCUUCCUGCAAAUUGUGCAAUUAUUAAAAAUGUGUAGAUUGCUUAUACAGAUAAAACUUUUUAACGACUUCGUUUUACAUUGGGGCACUUUGAUUUAUUUUUGUAUGCAUUUGUGUUUGAAAAUAUUCCUCGUUAAUUGGUAUUUUUCUCAUAUCAGUUGGUAAUGUAACCGAGUGCUCCAGAUCUGUGAAUAUUCUGAUUUUAAGGCGGUAACGUUAUAAAAUACAAUUAUAUUGUUUUAUGCUAACUUUUGUUGCGUUCUACAUAAAUUGAAACUGUGUAUUAUAUUUAUAUUAUUUAUUUGUGAUUGAAUUUUAUAGCGCUACGAGCUAUAGGUAUAUUAUGUGAUGUGUAUUUUCGAUUGAGGAUGUACUUGUAUUGUGACUAUAUCCUCCUCUCCCAAACUGCUUGUGUAAAGUAUAAUUUUUUUACUAAAGUAAGAGAAUAUGGACUAUUCUUCUAGUAAGUAAUGUCUAGUUAAUGUAACAAUAAAAUUUUAGUAAGUAAUGUA